AUGCAGCAGGUCCUGGACAACCUGAUGGGGCUCCCCGGCACCCCGGGGGCCGCCGACCUUGACCUCAUCUUCCUCCGCGGCAUCAUGGAGAGCCCAAUAGUGAGGUCCUUGGCCAAGGAGAGGCAGCUGGAGGCGGUGAGGGACAACAACCUGGAGCUGGUGCAGGAGAUCCUGCGCGACAUCGGGCACCUGGUGCGGCAGGACAGCGCGGCCGCCGAGCUGGCCCGCAUCCUGCGCGAGCCUCACUUCCAGUCGCUGCUGGAGACCCACGACUCGGUGGCCUCCAAGAGCUACGAGACGCCCCCGCCCAGCCCCGUCCUGGAUCCGGCCUUCAGCAACCAGCCCGUGCCCCCCGACGCCGUGCGCAUGGUGGGCAUCCGCAAGACGGCUGGCGAGAACCUGGGGGUGACGUUCCGGGUGGAGCGGGGGGAGCUGGUCAUCGCCCGCAUCCUGCACGGGGGCAUGGUGGCGCAGCAGGGGCUGCUGCACGUGGGGGACGUCAUCCGGGAGGUGAACGGGCGGGAGGUGGGCAGCGACCCGGGGUCUGCGGGGCCGGGGUCCCCACGCGCGGCGCUGUCCCCCCAGGCGUGCCACGUGGAGGGGGGCAGCGCGGGGCUGGUGCCCAGCCAGCUGCUGGAGGAGAAGCGCAAGGCCUUCGUCAAGCGGGACAUGGAGGUGGCCCCCGCGGCUGGGGCCUUGUGUGGCAGCCUCAGCGGGAAGAGGAAGAAGAGGAUGAUGUACCUGACGACAAAGAACGCCGAGUUCGACCGCCACGAGCUGCUGAUCUACGAGGAGGUGGCCCGCAUGCCCCCCUUCCGCCGGAAAACCCUGGUGCUCAUCGGCGCCCAGGGCGUGGGGCGCCGCAGCCUCAAGAACAAGCUCAUCAUGUCGGACCAGGCGCGCUACGGCACCACCAUCCCCUACACCUCGCGGAAGCCGAAGGAGAGCGAGAAGGACGGGCACGGGUACCGCUUCGUGUCGCGGGGCGAGAUGGAGGCGGACAUCAAGGCGGGGCGGUACCUGGAGCACGGCGAGUACGAGGGCAACCUCUAUGGCACCAAGAUCGACUCCAUCCGCGCCGUAGUGGAGGCCGGCAAGAUGUGCAUCCUGGACGUCAACCCCCAGGCAGUGAAGGUGCUGAGAACAGCUGAAUUCGUGCCAUAUGUGGUCUUCAUCGAAGCCCCUGGCCCCGAGACGCUGCGGGCCAUGAACCGGGCAGCGCUGGAGAGUGGCGUGGCCACCAAGCAGCUCACGGAGGCCGACGCCAAGCGGACGGUGGAGGAGAGCGGGCGGAUCCAGCGCGGUUACGGCCACUACUUCGACCUCAGCCUGACCAACGACGACCUGGAACGCACCUUCGGGCGGCUGCGGGAGGCCAUGGAGCGCCUGCGCGCCCAGCCCCAGUGGGUGCCCGUCAGCUGGGUCUACUAG